CCUAGCCUAACGUGAGGACCCUUCAACUUUGACCCAAGGUGGCGGCGCCCGGAGCCGUCGCUCUUCCUGCCGACCUGACAUGAACUAAGGCCAAGAACCCCGCAUCAUGUCGAAGCUAAGCCGGGCCACUCGGGCGCUCAGGAAGCCGGAGGCCGGCGGCGUGAUCCGGACCAUCGUGCGGGCAGGCCAGGCCAUGCCCGGGCCCCCGCUGGGUCCCGUCCUCGGUCAGCGAGGCGUUUCCAUCAACCAGUUCUGUAAGGAGUUCAACGAGAAGACAAAGGACAUCAAAGAAGGCAUUCCUUUGCCUAUCAAGAUUUUUGUGAAGCCUGACAGGACGUUUGAAAUCAAAAUUGGCCAGCCCACUGUUUCCUACUUCCUGAAGGCAGCUGCUGGGAUUGAGAAGGGGGCACGGAACACAGGGAAAGAGGUGGCAGGCCUGGUGACAUUGAAGCACGUGUAUGAGAUCGCCCGCGUCAAAGCUCAGGAUGACGCCUUCGCCCUACAGGACGCGCCCCUGUCCUCUGUUGUUCGCUCCAUCAUUGGCUCUGCCCGCUCCCUGGGCAUUCGUGUGGUGAAGGACCUCAGUUCAGAAGAGCUGGCAACUUUCCAGAAGGAGCGAGCCCUAUUUCUGGCUGCUCAGAAAGAGGCAGACUUGGCAGCCCAGGCAGAAGCUGCCAAGAAGUGACCCCUGCGCCCCAGUUCCAGGAUUUUGAAGGGAGCACCUCAGGAUGGGGCCAGUUGGGAAGGCUGUGCCAAAGGGGAGGAAGGGAGGUCACACCACCCUGAUUAUUAUUUUUCUGACUUUUAAUUAUGUAUUUUUUAUGUGUAUGGCUGUUUAAGGGAUCAAGUCUGAAUAAACAUCUUUUGUCAUCCA